CUCAUAAAUUAUCUGGCACUGUGGCGCCCUCGUGUGGCAGCUCAAAGUACGAUCGAGUCCGCAAAAGUUUCAAGAUGGCUCCCUAGCAACCAGACUCUCCUGCCUGGAAACAAACCGAUGCCAAACAUUGCUGAACUCAGGUGGGCCUGACCGUGGUGCGUUCACAGCCGACCGGAGUGUUCACCACACACCGGACGAGAAUUCUUCGUAGAUUUAAUUUAUUCGCGUCAGUCGCUCAAGUUGAAAUACUCGAACUGGAGUGAAAUAUUCCGUCGCUGUCGACGUCCCGGCCUUGUAUCAGACAAGGCAGGGAUACAACUGUCGCGGUGUGAGGGCAGCCCGACACGAGUUGCUAUUUGUGUCGUGACCGGGUGAAGAAGGAGAGGGCUCGGCAAAAACAGAUACAGAGGCGAGACACCGAGUUACUUGACCAAGUUUGAACCCCCACCCGGAGAGAGGAGCACAAUUUCUCGAGGAACUCUUGCUCUUAAAGCCUAUGGAGUCAGGGAGGAGCCGCCGCUUAAGUGCAUUUCAGGACAGAAGCGAUAUGAUACAUAGAGAGAAACAAAAGCACAGUGAUGACGAGGACGUGAUCAAGGAACUGUGUGUGGUCAAUGGAGUGUCCUAUGAGAGAAUUGCAAAAGAAGGAAGCAACGUCAUCUCCCUGGAAAUGUUCUUCUCUGGCUUUCCGCGCAUGGUGGGCCUUUCUUUCUUCCCAAGGCUCUGCUUUCUUACCAUAGUGGGCCAGAACAUCAAACACAUCAAGGGUCUCGAGUGCUGUCCUCUGCUCCAGGAUCUCUGGGUCGUAGAGUGCCGUCUGACAGUGAUAUCUGGGCUGCAGCGUUGUGCACAACUGAAGAAACUCUAUCUUUAUGAUAAUCAAAUAUAUGAAAUAAAGAAUUUAGAAUUGCUGAUCAACCUAGAAGUCCUGUGGCUCAACAACAACUGCAUAAGUCAAAUACAGGGCUUGAACACGCUUCAAAACCUCAAAGAACUAAACCUUGCUGACAACAUUAUUGAAAAGAUUGGGCAUAACCUUGAUCCCAAUGUCAGCCUUCAGGAUCUUAAUCUGUCCGGGAACAAGAUCAGUUCUUUUAAGGAGCUGACCCUGCUGGCCUGCUUACCCCAUCUGAGAGUGCUAUCACUGAGGGACCCCACGUCAACCCCAAACCCAGUGUGUCUGCUGUGUAACUAUGCCACACACGUUCUUUACCACAACCCAGGCCUCCAGCAACUUGAUUCCUACGACGUGUCGAGCAAGCAAGUCAAGGAAGCAGCUGAGUCCACAGUCAUGAAGAAAAUGAUGUACUACAACAUGCGUGUACGUACUGCUCAAAGGAACCUGGCAGGGACUCGGUUAAGUCUGAUUGACAGGAAGAAAACCCUGCUACAGUUACCUGAAGAUUGUAUCAGGACACUCAGUCAUGCCCUGAAAAAUCUUGAACGUGAGCUCUCCAAGGUGCAGGCUGUUUGUAAGAAUUCCACUUGCAUGUCAGAGGAUGCACCCGGAGGACCGACCCGCCUGGUGGAUGAUUCAUCCAGCAGAGUUGAUCCAACCACUGACAUCAUUUGUGAUGAAAUGCUUGUCAAGAUUGAAGCACUGAAGGAGAGACUGGCACUAUGGAGGAGGAGGCUGCAUGAGAUUGAAGUCUGUUAUCAGAGAGAUUUGGCCCAAGCCACAAACAUGGUGGAUGAUACAGUCCAUUUUCUGCUGAUGGAGCUAGAAAGUGUUGGGAAUAUUCGUUUGGAGGAGGGCUGCUCCACAGACCCUUGGUUUAAUGCUUGCCGCGACCUCCUACUUUCCCGCUUCUCACAUUCAGACUACAGGAUUCAUGGCAUCACUGGCAUCAAGAUUGAUAGAGUUAUCCGCGUCUUCAACUGUACUUUGAGGCUUCGCUUCGAGGACAAACUUCAAAGCCUACUAGCCAGCACCGACCCUGAUAUCUUGUCACUCAGGGAUUACAGACGUCGGCUGGAUCACUUGUUCUACGCAGCUGACCCUGAAAAAACCUGUGAGAAGGAAGACAUUUUGGGCAUUCUGGAGGAGGGCUUCAAAACGGCAGACCAGUAUGAGGCCUUGGGGAGAGAGGGUGCCAUUUCUUUAUCCAACAGCCUGGGUGUGACCGAACAGCCCAGGAUUGAACAUGCUCUGCGCCAGGCCAGCCAGCAUGAUUCUGAGCACAGUGUGGAUGCAAUCCCAUUCAGGCACGGUCAGAUUAUUAUUUCCAAAGUGUACGUGGGUCACAGCAUGGCUGUCCAGGAGGGAGAUCCAGUUGACAGAGGCAGCUAUGACAGAAUCUGCUCUGUAUAUCGCAAAGUGAACACUAAGCACAAAGCUGCAACGACGGAUGAAAGACCUUGCUCCUUCAAAACACAAACUGGUCCUGAGUGCAGCCCUAGGCGAAGACAGUGGUUUGUGUUUGACAAUGAACUCGUCUUGCCUGAGUACAUUGUAUACUUUCAAUACAUAACUGGGAACCAAGACCAACCUGCAUCACCGGGACAGAGCACAGACAGAGAUGACACUUCCAACAAUAUCAUCCUGGACAAGGAAGUUCUCAACAUGGAACCUGUGCUGAAAGCGCAGCCCAAGUUGUUGAGCUUGGAUGACAAAAUUCUUCUUAAUGUGGCCAGUGCCAAUGUAUUGAGUCAGAUCACUGUACUGAACCUUCAUGGGAACAGUCUGAACAAGAUGAAGGAGAUUUCCUGCCUUACGGCUCUGCGGCAUCUUACCAUCAGCUUCAAUGAGUUCACACGCCUUGAUGACAUUUCUCACAUGCCCAAUCUUGAGUUUUUGGAUGUAAGCUUCAACCGCCUGGUGACCCUAGAGGGGCUGAGAGGGUUGGGACACCUCAAACAGCUCGACGUGCGCUGGAACAGCUUGAGCAGAGCCAGAGAAAAUGCUGUAGUGUUAAGAAGACAUACGCCUGCUCUUCUGAAGCUUGACACCAGAUACAACCCCUGGAAAAGACUGGAGGCAGUCAGAAUGACCAUACUGGGACGACUAACAACACUCACACACCUUGAUGAUGUGAUGGUCACAGAGGAGGAGGCUGCUGAUGCUGUUGCCAUGGCUGCUGAGUCCAAAAUUAACCAGGCGUCUCUUCUGGCUCAUUCGCGCACCAAUAGUAAUCGUCCCCGAAGUCUCAGUCUGCUGUCAACAGCUCAGCUCCUGUGUCUUCACAAUCCAGCGCCCUGGGGGCUCAGCAGAGAGCUGGAGCCAGACUGGAUGGCGAAGAUCACAGCCCUGAACCUUGACAGCCAGAGGAUUCCCAAGCUAAUCAAUCUAAGUAAGAUGGUGAACCUGCGCUGGGCCUCCUUCAAUGACAAUGACCUCUCUAAAGUGGAGGGACUGGAGAGCUGCCAGAAGCUGGAAGAACUUUCCCUAAACAACAACAGCAUCAGCACACUCAGUGGCCUGUCGAAACUGCAUUGCCUAAUUAAGCUGAGUGUUGAUAGCAAUCGUCUUUCUACUCUGGAUGCUUCAGUCCUCGAUCAGUUGCCCAACCUGUCCUUCCUGUCUGUGGAGAACAACUGUAUCAGUUCCCUGCAUGGCAUCCAGAGGGUUCGCUCCCUCCUUGAACUCUACAUCGGUAACAACAAGAUUUCUGUAUCACGAGACAUCUACUAUCUGAAGGGACUGACAAACCUCAUCAUUCUGAAUCUUUAUGGGAAUCCUUUGGUGGAGAAACUAGAAAACUAUCGGAUAUAUGUGGUGUUUCACCUUUCCUCCCUGAGAGCACUGGAUGGGACGGCAGUAGAAGCAAUUGAGAGUGAAAGUGCAAAGGAAAUGUUUGGAGGAAGACUAACCUCUGACAUGGUCGCAGAGAAGCUGGGCCACAUUAACUACACAGACAUCACCUAUCUCACUCUGCAGUCCUGCUCUCUUAGGAUUGUAGAUCUGUCUCCAUCAGACCUGUUCAGUAGCCUGCAUAGUAUCAACUUAGACCACAACAACCUGACCUCCUUCUCGGGCCUCAUUUACCUGCCCAACAUCAAAUCUCUGUGUCUGAACUACAAUCACAUCGAGUCCAUCCUGCCCAGGCAAAGGACUUAUCUGACAAACAGACAGAUCCUCCACAACAAAGUCCACUCCAGUGGUUACGGUCAACAGAGUCUGUCCAAAGGCAACAGGGAAACCUGGCCCACUGGCAGCCUGGAGCCACUGAUGGGCAGCCUGGAGGUGCUGCAUUUGAGUCACAAUGGGAUCUCCAAUAUGGCCAAUCUGCAGCUCAGCAGGCUCACCAAUCUUAAAGCCCUUUUCCUUCAAGGUAAUGAGAUCAGCCACGUGGAAGGGUUAGAGGGGCUUCACCAGCUCAGAGAGCUUGUCUUAGACAGGAACCGGAUCAAAGCUCUGGCUGAGAACUCUUUCAUAGCCCAGAACAUCCUACUAGAGCUGCACCUAGCAGAGAACCGGAUCCGGGAGCUCAACCAUCUCGAUCCUCUGACUGAGCUCCGCAAGCUGUUUAUUGGCAUGAACAAGCUGCAGGACAUCACAGAGCUCGACAAACUAGAAGUGCUUCCCUCGCUGACUGAGCUCUCAGUUGUUGGCAAUCCUGUCGCCCGCAAUUCUAUCCACAGACCAGCAGUGGUACUUCAACUGUCCCAGUUGCAGGUCCUGGAUGGAGUGAUGGUCACUCUGGAGGAAAGGACCAGGGCUGAACUCUUCAGCGAUGAUUCAACGCUAUGCUACCAGUGCCCUGGAGCCUCUCCUCCUACCUCUGAAAUCAACCUGCCUGGACUGUUCCCCCUCAUGCCUCGAAACACCCCUCUUAAAGGAAUGAGUAUAAGUGGAGGACUGCAGAGCUUUAUGCAUGGGCACGAUUUCCUGUCAAGUAGUACGGAUGAAGCCCAAUCUCAUUACACAUACAAACAAAAGAAGCACAAGCACAGUAUUGCUGCUCGAAGCGGCCAAAUGGACAUUACCUUCAGACACAGUAGAAGAGCAGGAAGCAUCCUGCCAACCACGAGUCUCCUGACUGACGGGAACAGACAGAGUCCUCAUCACGAAUCACAACCAGGAGGAAUACAGCAGAUUCCCAAAUGGUGGUAAACCUCCACCCAUGUAGCAGCCAGAGGGGUAACUGUGGUGUGGUGAUGUAAUAUAGUAGUGUUAUGCCCUGGCAUGGCAUUUCUUUGGAGUGCCUUUUGCAUUUGAAGAGGCAGUAUACAACUUUGUAUGAACUUUAAAUAAAAUGUAUAAAUCUUA